CAGAACUGUUAGUUCAAGCUGCCAGUGGAAAACGGAAAUGUUCGGUAUUCAGAGUGGCUUGCAUAUUUCACUCUGACAUCUCACUAUCAUGUUUUUCAAUAUGAUAGUGGUUAGGCAAUGCAGAUAAUUAUUUUUCCUUUUUCUCUUGCUUUUUUCAUUUUUCUUUUGACUUUCUUUUAUUUUGUUUUCUUUUUGCUCUUUCCUUCCAACCUCUUUCCCUCCUUUCUUUCUCUUGUGUCUUUCUUUCUUCUUUUUUUGGUGGGGAUUUGUAGUGAAGAGAGAUUGGAUUUAGUUUUUUUCAGAACAAAGAGCUUAAAUUGAUGCACAGAUCAGUAGCAUCUGUGUUGGAGUGGCUCUCACAUGAAUUAUUUGGAUAUCUCUGGAGAAAACAGAAAGAAGUUGAAUCGGCAUGAAUGAAUUAAAGCAGCUGGAUUCCCCAUGGCUUCCUCAAGAGACCCUAUUGCUCUGAUUAAAGAAUUUUAAUGGCACUGGAGAAAACAUUCUGACUUUGUUUUCAACAUAUAACUGAGAAAGUCCCAGGAAGCUGACUCAUCCAAGUCAAUCAUCUCUGAAGAGUUUUAGUCACACUGAGUACUAGAGGAAACCUUUCUUCUAUGUGAGCCAAAAGAAAGAGAAAAACAACCUGCCAAACACCAGUAAAGAGAUGACUAUCAUCAUAUGGGAAUUUGAAGAGCUUCUAUAUAGCACAUUCAUGAUCCAAAUGGGAGAGGAUCUACUGUCAUGAUGUCUCAGAAGGCCUUCUAACUGAGUAACAAGAAGGGGAAAUUAUAACAGCUUGUCAUCUGUGCUUGCACAUUAGACUUCCAUGUAGUUAAUGUAGACAAAUUCAAAGCAAACAUGCAGAUAGUUCUUUGAAAAGCCCCCAAAUCAUGUCUAGAAGCUCUGACCAAUGCAAUAAAAAGGAGGUUAUUCUAUAUUCAGUUUCUCCAGCCCACCGAUGAUCAAUCUUUUAGAAAGAACAGUAGUAGAUUGUAAAUUUAGAUUUUUAACCACCAUUUAGCAAAGGCAGCUUCUCUAGAAACAAACAUGACUGCUAAUGACACAUGUGCUGAGAUCAGUAGAGACAAUACAGACUUCCGAUACUUCAUCUAUGCUGUGACAUACACUGUUAUUCUUGUGCCAGGUCUCAUAGGGAACAUAUUAGCCUUGUGGGUAUUUUAUGGCUAUAUGAAAGAAACCAAACGGGCUGUGAUAUUCAUGAUAAACCUGGCCAUUGCUGACUUACUACAAGUCCUCUCCUUGCCCCUGAGGAUCUUUUACUAUUUGAAUCAUGACUGGCCAUUCGGGUCUGGCCUCUGCAUGUUUUGUUUCUACCUGAAGUAUGUCAACAUGUAUGCAAGCAUCUACUUCUUGGUCUGCAUCAGUGUGCGAAGAUUUUGGUUUCUCCUGUACCCCUUUCGCUUCCAUGACUGUAAACAAAAGUAUGACCUAUACAUCAGCAUUUCUGGCUGGUUGAUAAUCUGCCUUGCCUGUCUGCUAUUUCCUCUCCUCAGAAGCAAUGAUGACACCCCUAGCCACGGAACCAAAUGCUUUGUGGAUCUUCCUACCAGAAAUGUCAAUCUAGCUCAGUCUGUUGUCAUGAUGACCAUUGGCGAGUUGAUUGGGUUUAUCACUCCUCUUCUGAUUGUCCUGUUUUGCACCUGGAAGACAGUUUUAUCACUGCAAGAUAAAUAUCCUGUUGCACAAGACCUUGGAGAGAAAAAGAAAGCCUUGAAGAUGAUUCUAACCUGUGCAGGAGUUUUCCUAAUUUGCUUUGCACCUUAUCACUUCAGUUUUCCCUUAGAUUUCCUGGUCAAGUCCAAUGAAAUUAAAAGCUGCCUAGCCAGAAGGGUGAUUCUAAUAUUUCAUUCUGUUGCCUUGUGUCUUGCCAGUCUGAAUUCCUGCCUUGACCCAAUCAUAUACUAUUUUACCACUGAUGAGUUCAGAAGACGGCUUUCAAGACAAGAUUUGCAUGAUAACAUAAAACUCCAUGAAAAAUCACUUGUGAGCAACAAUACCACAUCUAUCUUGUCAACUGAAUUAUGUUAAAAAAAAAUGGAUGUGGACUGAAGUAUAUUAGAACAUAUUUGCAAUACUCCAAGCUACUGGGAAGUAAUCACAGCAAGCACUCCAAGCUUUUCAGUUAUGCUCUAUCUUACCUAUAUGAAGAUUUCACGUCAUCAUAACACAAUCUAUUUAGAGCAUUAUAUUCCACUAUCAUUGAUGUUGAGGUAUCCAUGUAGUAAUCUGUCAUCAAGUCUUUAAGAUUUAAGCUCUAAAAUUUCAGUGACAUACUAUAUGCACAUGCUUUCAGCAGAAGUCAGUUUUAUCUGUGAACCUAAGACACAGAGAGACUAUUAGCUUGAACUUAUUAUAAGCACUUGGUUUUGUUACAAUGGACACUGGAUUUCUUUAUAUUUACAAAUAAUGUAGUUGUCUAUUUAUACUAGUAAUCACAGUUUAUAUCCCAAUAUCAUAUUUUAGUUGUCUUUAAUUAAGUAAGAUAGACAAUAUACUAUUUUGUGAAACAGUGUUAUAAGCACGGACCUUUUUUAUCUCCUAUAUGUGAUUAUACUCCUGAGUUUGAAGACUCAAAUAGCUAUUUCCUUCAUUUAAGUAUCAGUAUGAAAAAUCAUCUAUCACAUCUAUUAACAGAAUGAAAAUCUGAACUCAGGCCUCUGAUAUAUUUAAAAUAAAAACAAGAAACUAAUUCACAUACUCUCUAUGACUGUAUAUUGACAUAUUUAAUCUAUCCAGGACAGGUAGCUUGUCAAAAUUCAUAUAAUGUGACCCACAUUGUCAUUAAUGGUCCAGGAAAAAGCAGAUACAUGAUAAUCACAGUUCUGAUUCUCUUAAACUAUUUCCAGACAGCAUCUCUGAAGAUAUAUAUAUAUAUAUAUAUAUAUAUAUAUAUAUAUAUAUAUAUAUUCUUAUUCUUUCUUAUAUAUAUAUAUAUCUUUCAAAUAAAGAAAGUGUCUACUAUGCUUCUAGAGUGACACUGAGGUACCUGAGAGGUUAUUGCACUUUCUGAGCCUAUACAAGAAGCAAUGCACUAAGUUUAAGCCAGAGCAAAAAGACACAAGUUAUUUUUUACUUUUAAGUGGCAACUAUCAGGCUGCAUUCACAAGCCAGAGUAAGGGCUAGAGGCAGACAGGCAUGUAGACUCUAGAGUCCUCAGUAAUUUUUUUAGUCCAGCUUUGCUCCAGUCAUACUAUUUUAAGGCCAGUGCAGCCUCUUCCAAGGCAGCUAGGAAAGUCAAUUUUUGCCCUGUUGAGAAAAGUGCAGAAGAUUAACUUUGGUGACAUUGGGCACCUAUUAAAACGCCUUGCCUACUAAUACCUGUUUAGAACUAGUAUACAAGAAACAGACCCAGAAUAUGAGUAGCAAUUAAACCUGAGGUCUUAAGUAUUAGAAUACUCUGAAAAAUAUUUUGGCAAACAGCUCUAACUUUUAAAACAUGCUUUAAUUAAAAUCUGUGCAGUGUAUAACACACAGAUAAUUUUGGCCUGGAAGGAAUGUGAAAAUCAAAGAAGAGCUCCAUCAUAUUUACAGGAAAGGAGUUAUUUUAGACACACAGUUAUGAUAUUGAUAUGUUUGGGGGGAUUAGUGAAAUAAAAGUGAAUUCUAACAUCUUAGACGAAUGGAAAAUUUUCUAAUGUUUUCUCUAAAGUGUUGAUUUGCUUGUACUUAGUUAUUAAAAUAUUAUCCUGUUAGAAGACUGACUUUGUACUGCUAGCAAUAGUGUAUGUAUCUAUCUCCUAAUUGUUCAUUGUAAGGUACAUAUUUUGAUGUGCUAAAUGAGCUCUGAAAGAAUGUUAAAUUGUGUUUUAAAAUGAGUAACUGUAACUAUGUCUAGUCUAUUUGCUUUAAAGUGAUUUGGUUUGACCAUAAUUUAGUGUUGUAAUGGGAUCAGAAGUAAUAAUUUUGUGGGUACUUGUAAUGAGAAACUUGUCUAUAUAUGUUUACUAGUUUCUAUAUUAUUAUGAACUACACUUUUAGGGUCAUUUGGGAGAGACCUCUGAUUUAAUUUCAUUAAUGUAUUAAUUUCACUUUAAACAUACCUGUUAUCUUAAAGAGGAAAAAGUAUUUCCAGGAUAUUACUGAAGUUCUUAGAGGAAAUGUUGAGGUUAGAGCCCAUUUACGAAGCAGUCCAGGAGUCCUUGAAAAUUAUUUAUAUCAUUUGAGAAAAGUACGGAGAGAACAAGUGUCCAGUAUUCUUAUGCUGCUUAGCUAAGAACCACCCCUUCUCUUUAGGUUUGCCCAUCUAAGUUUGUAUUCAAUGUUGUGAUUUACUUUAUUAACCCCGUUUCCCCAUGAAUAUGCUUUGCCUUCUAUUUCCUUGUUGUAGUCAGUAACUGAUCAGUCUAUUCACACUAAGGUACUAAGGACUAAUGUUAGAUUAAUAUUAAUUUUGCCUAGGAAUAUCUGAAUUCUAGGCCUUAGGGAUGAAUUUUAUCUCAAAGUGUAAAUAUUUUGUUUCAAUGGAGUGAUCAAAAACACCAAAACAGACUAGAAAGAACAAUAUUUUGAAGAAAGUGGGUCUUAACAACAGUGCCUUUCAGAUUACAUAUGGUAAGUAAACACCUACUUUGCUUACCAUGAUGGGGUAUUUAUUAUACUAAUACCUGGCCUAUACUAAGUUUAGGCCAAAGCAAACAGAUACAAGUUAUUUUUUACUUUUAAGUGGCAACUAUCAGGCUACUUUCACAAGCCAGAGUAAGGUUUAGAGGCAGCCAGGCAUGUAGACUCUAGAGUCCUCAGUAAUUUUUCUGGUCCAGCUUUGUUCCAGGCAUACUAUUCUAAGGCCAGUACAGCCUCUCCCAAGGCAGCUGGGACUGACUGGAGUGAUUUUCAUGUUAUUAUUAUUCUUAUUAUUGCUAUUAUUAUUAUAUCCAAAUGAUGUAUACAUUUUCAUUGUCACUUGGUUAAGCAACCAAUUCUAUUAACCUGCAAUUCCAUGAAAAGGAACCAUCUGCCCUAUGGACAACAGAACAAACUAUGUUGGUCUGAAAGGAUGCAUAAGUGGAACUCUUGUGCAACUUCAUUUUUAUGUCAUCUUUUUGUUUUUAUUCCCAAUACACUGUGAAAAUGUUCCUUUGUAAUGUAUUUAUAUUUAUAAUUUAUAAUACACAUUUUCAUAAUAAAGAUGAUCUUUGUAUUUGCAUAAAAAA